UAUGAACCUGUGUAACAAUAAUAGAAAUACAGAGAUUAGAACAACUAAGGAGGAUAAACCAAGCAGAAUCAUAGAUAGAUGCCAAGAUUGUGACAAAGAAGAAAACUGUUCUGAAAUAGAACAUUGGAUGCAAAUGGUUCUAAAAGGUUUCAGACGCUUGCGACUAAGAGGAAUUGUUCGAGUGGCUUUCGAUCAAUUGAUCAAAGAAAUAAGUCCAAGAAGCACACUACAAGUAGACGAAAGGGAACUUGAACUUUUAGAAUCAGGCAUAUCUGAAGCAAUUAAGAAGAAUCAUGUUGUUAAAAUCAAACAGGGGGAAGGCAAACUAUAUAAACUCUCUAACGCUCACGAAUUGGAAUGCGAUAUGAUAAUGAUUGAAGGAUCUGACACUGGAUCUGAAGAAGAGCGCAGGCCUAAUAAAGAAAACAAGGUCGAACUUAAAUUUGAAAUAAUUAAAAUGAAAGACAUUUUUCAAGAUUCGAAUUGGAAUUUUUGCCCCAAUGUAUCGUUGACGUCAAACAUUCCACCGACAAUAAGACAGCAUCCACUUUUAACGGAGCUCUUUUCAAAGUUAAUACACUCUUCUCCAAGGAAUAUUCAGGAUGCUCUUCCAAUGGCUAUUCUUUUCGAAAGUGAAUCGAAAAAAUCCCCUUUAUCUUCUAUACUACGCUAUCUUUACAAAUUUUAUAAAUUUCAAUCAAAGCAUAGAGAGAGAGUAGAGAAUAUUCUGUCCAGACUUGUCGAUGAAAGUAUAUUAGAAUUUACUAAUGAUGAAAUGUACAGAAUAGUCGAUCUGGAUAAUGAUUCUCAAACAAAAAUUAAGUUAAUAAAGUAUGUAUUCAAUGCCAUUAUGGCCACGCAAAAUGCAAUGGCAAAUAUUCGAGAUGUCAAAAAAUUUAUCACUGGAAAAUGGCCAUAUAUUGAACAAGAUUUUGACGAUGGUAUUGAUUUAGCGAGACUUAUUGGACUAAUAAAGUAA